UCUGCAGAUGACAGAUGCACGAGCCAAGGUUCUUGAACUAAUCCAAUCCAAGGAUAAGAUUGAUCGACUCAUUGAGGAACAGGGAAGGAUUCUGGAGAUGGAGAACAAUGUGGGAAUGAAUACACCAUUGGUUGAUGAGGAAGGGUACCCUCGAUCUGACGUUGACGUUCCUCGAGUUCGUGCUGCACGGCAUCAGAUCAUUUGCCUUCAGAAUGAUCGUAAAGCACUUUUGAAGGAGAUUGAAGAUGGGUUAUUGGCUAUUCAUGAUGUUGAGAGGACUACAUCAGUAGAAGUUCCACCACAGUCAUCAUCAGCAGGAGCUAAUGGAUACCAUCAUAUAGAAGAUGGACUUUCCCAUGGUCAACACAAGACCCCAUUCAUCCGUAUUUCAGACGUCAGCCCUGGUUCUCCAGCUGCUCUUGCUGGUUUCGAAAAUGGUGACCUCAUCACCCAGUUUGGAUCCAUCACAUCAGAAAAUUAUAAGAAACUGAAUGAUAUAGCUGAAGCAGUUUCCCACUCACAGAAUCACCCACUGAACAUCCAAGCAAAGCGAGAGGAUCAAUUUGUGAAGUUAAUCCUCACUCCGCAAACAUGGUCUGGUCGAGGACUGCUUGGAUGUAAGGUGAAUCCAUUAAAGUGAUGAAACCUCAACCACUUGUUUCCCAAUAUUGCUGCCUCUCAUCAUCUUCACAAAUGCCCUUCCUGCAUUCUCCAAUCCCAUCUCCUUUGUUACUUUCACCUGAAAUCAGACAUUAAUGAUA